UUCUUUUGUCCUCCUCCACUUUACACUGCUGCUGUCGCCUGUCGAAACUAUCCAUUCUUCGCCAUGCGUAUUAUCAUCAAGGGAGGUGUCUGGAAGAACACCGAGGAUGAGAUCCUUAAGGCCGCUGUCAGUAAAUAUGGAAAGAACCAGUGGUCCCGUAUCUCCUCCUUGCUUGUCCGGAAGACCGCUAGUCAGUGCAAGGCGCGAUGGAUGGAAUGGCUCGACCCUAGUAUUCGGAAGACUGAAUGGUCAAAGGAAGAGGAUGAGCGUUUGUUGCAUCUCGCAAAGUUGAUGCCAACUCAAUGGAGAACGAUUGCACCCAUUGUCGGAAGGACUGCCUCGCAGUGUCUGGAGCGGUAUCAGAAGCUCUUGGACGAUGCAGAGCAGCAGGCAGAAUCAGAGCUGGGACUAACAGGUGUACAAGGAGGCGACUCAGGGCCCAGUGCAGACGACGUCAGACGCUUGAGGCCCGGCGAGAUUGACCCUGAUCCAGAGACGAAGCCUGCACGACCUGAUCCCGUUGAUAUGGACGAAGACGAGAAGGAGAUGCUUUCAGAAGCACGUGCUCGUCUCGCGAACACGCAGGGUAAAAAGGCUAAGAGAAAGGCUCGUGAGAGGCAGCUGGAGGAAGCUCGUCGUUUAGCAACCCUCCAAAAGAAGCGUGAACUCAAGGCAGCGGGAAUCGAAUUGAAGCAGAGGAAAAAGAAGAAGGGUAUGGAUUACAACGCCGAUAUUCCCUUUGAAGCCAAACCUGCCCCUGGUUUCUAUGACACGACUGAGGAGUUGAAGCGCGAGUCGACGAAGAGAUUGACCAAUGUUCGUUUGGAGCAGUUGGACGGCAAACGCAGAGCAGAUGUUGAAGAAGAAGAGCGCAAGAAGGAUUCCAAGCGUGCCAAGUUGAAGAAGGAAUCGGGAGAGGCCCAGACAUCUCAAAGUCAGGCACAGCUCAGAAAGCUUCAGGCGGCUGAGCAAGAUGGCAUUUUACGUCGAAAGAAGUUGGUUCUCCCAGCACCUCACGUCGGCGAAGCAGAGCUGGAGGAGAUUCUGAAGAUCGGCAGUGUGGCUGAAGAUGCCAAGGCACUUGCGGAUGAGAGCGACAUUGAAGCAACAAAGAAUUUGAUUGGCGCUUAUAAGUCUACAGGCACCGACCUUCCCACCCGCACACCACGCGCCUCAGUAACACAGGACUCGCUCAUGAUCGAGGCUAUGAACCAACGCGCCAUGCUGCACCAGCAGACGCCGCUUUUGGGAGGCGAGACCCCGCAGUACAGUCUCAAGGAGGGAACAGGAUAUGACGGCAUCACACCUCGUCACAGCGCUAUCGAAACUCCCAACCCAUACCUGCAGACACCUCGCGCUGGACCUGGCGCGACACCGAUGAGGACACCACUUCGUGACCAGUUGAGCAUCAACCGAGGCGCUAUUGAUAUGGUGUCGACACCCCGCGAGGAGAAGAUGCGCCAAUCUCAACUCAAGAACCAGCUGAUUAGUGGGUUGAAGAACUUGCCGACCCCAAGCAACAAGUUUACAUUGAUCAUGCCCGAGGAACUCGAGGCGGAAUCGGCGGAGAAGAUGAUCGAGGAGGAUGCAGCGGAGAUUGCGAAGCGCAGGAAAGAGGCCCUUGAAGCUGAAGAGCAAGCGCGUCUGCGACGUAGAAGCCAGGCUGUUCAAAGAGAUUUACCCCGCCCUACAACCUUCCGACCACAACCGGAGGAAAACAUAGCAGCAUCUUCAGACAGUCCCUUGGCAGUCGCAGAGCGUCUUAUUCAGGAGGAAAUGGCACGUUUGAUCACCUAUGACGCUGUUGCCUAUCCACCGGUCGGAUCAAAAGUUGCAGGAAGCACACAGAAUGCUGUGUCACUGGAGGAUCUUUCGGACGAUUAUCUGUCAUUGGCAAGGACUGAGGUGGAUCAGGAGCUGUCCGGACCUGAGGCCAAGGAAAGAUACGAGGUGUUCGCCGCUGAAUUCGAUCAGGCCUGGGAUGAGAUUCAGAAGGAGAUCAAGGAGCUUCAGCAGAUCGGCCUAGCUCAUCAGUUCACUGAUAAGCGUGCGCUGAUGACAAAGCAGGCAACAAAGGCCAGCAAGUUGGAGAAACGGAUGGGCGUGACCCUUGGAGGAUACCAGGCUCGUUCCCAGGCACUGGCGACUCAGUUGUUGACUGCGCAUGAGGAUCUCCAGAGCUCGGAGCUCGAGCUGGCGAGUUUCAAGAACUUGAGGAUCAUGGAGGAAGCCGCUGUGGGGACGAGACUGGAGGCGCUUAAUCAGGAGGUUGUGCAUCUGAGCAGUCGGGAGUCGUUCCUGCAGCAGAAGUGGGAUGGUCUGAACCGGGAGAGGCAGGACAUUCUAGAGAGGAUCGAGAAAUUGCACCAGGUCCAGCAGCAGCGACAGCAGCAGGGGGUCCAAACGGAUAAAGAGGAAAAGGCACCGACUUCAGCAGAGACAGUGAAUCAAGAUAAUGAUGAUGAGGAUAUCGGACCUCAGCCGAUGCAGGAGUAAGACCAGGCACUGUGUAAUUGUAUCUAAACUACUAAAGAGUAAAAAGUAAACCCCUUUUGGUUGAC